AUGACUUUUCCCAACAUCACUGAGCCCCACCCCUCUUCUUUCCUGUUGUUGGGGAUUCCAGGAUUAGAAGCUGUACAAAUCUGGCUUGGCUUUCCCUGCUGUGCCAUGUAUCUGAUUGCUCUUGUUGGAAAUCUUAUCAUUCUGUUUGUGAUCUGGACUGAUCAUAGCCUCCACCAACCCAUGUUCUACUUUCUGGCUAUGCUGUCAGUGAUUGACCUGAGUCUCUCUACGGCUACCAUCCCCAAGAUGCUGGGCAUUUUCUGGUUCAGGCUUCAGGAGCUGUGCUUUGGGUGCUGUGUUGCUCAGGUCUUUUUUAUCCACUUUUUCACAGUCAUGGAGAGCAUUGUGCUUCUUGCCAUGGGCUUUGAUCGCUUUGUGGCUAUUUGCAACCCCCUCAGGUACACCGUCAUCCUCACCAACAGAAUCAUUGGUAUGAUUGCUGUGAUUGUGGUUCUAAGAAGCUUAUGCAUGAUUGCUCCCAUCAUUUUUCUUCUCCUGAGGCUACCUUACUGUGGACACAGAAUCAUCCCUCAUACCUAUUGUGAGCACAUGGGAGUGGCACAUCUGGCUUGUGCCAGCAUCAGCGCCAAUGUCUACUAUGGUCUUGCAAAUAUUUCCAUCUUAUUUCUGGAUGCACUUCUAAUUGUUAUCUCAUAUGCUAAGAUUUUAUGCACUGUCUUCCACCUCCCCUCCCAAGAUGCCCGCCUGAAGGCCCUUAAUACCUGUCUCUCUCAUAUCUGUGUCAUCACAACCUUCUUCGGUCCAGCACUCUUCUCCUUCCUCACUCAUCGCUUUGGUCAUGGCAUCCCCCAGUUCCUCCACAUCCUCCUGGCUAAUCUGUAUGUAGUUAUCCCCCCUGCCCUCAACCCAGUCAUUUAUGGGAUCAGGACCAAGCAGAUCCAGGAGCGGGUGAAGACUCUGUUCAUCAAAAAAGACUGA